AUGGGCUAUCAUCUUUUUUAUUACAUCUGGUAUGUUAUAUUUGAUCGAACGCACAUCAAGUCUAGGGAUAAUGCCUCUCUUCCCAAGCGCACCCUCCCAGUGGAGAUUAUCGCCCUCAUAAUUGAUGAAGCUGCGAGGCCAAUUAUGCGCGGGCCAUUAAUUCCUCUAGACUCGACCUCCUUGCAACCACUUGUAGCCGCGAAGCCAAGCUUUGAGAGCAUCCGCGGGUUGAGCGGUACCAAUCGCUGGAUCAGACAUCGAACCUUAUCCCGAUGGUUUAGCACAAUGGUUAUACGCAAAGGGAUGACUGGAAUAUGGCUGCCAGGCUGCAUAUAUCCACACAUAUUCUCUCCUCUCUUGGGUUACACCAUCACCAGAUAUUUCUCACAUUUUCUCUUGUUAUCGGAGCCAUUCACAUCCAAUGCUUCUUUAUUUGGUAGAGGCGAAGCCGGGCCAGCUAACAACCCUUUGUUUGACAACUAUAGGGAACUCCGUGUACUCUCUGCGGCUCUCACUGAAUCAGUGGCCGACGACGUUUUCAUGCGUUUUCCAAAUCUUCAUACGGUCAUUAUUGACGCACACAACGAUUUCGUUCCCCGUGCGCCAACCCCUGCCAACAUAUCCCAGUCCAUUGGACACUAUCGACUGGUGGCACCCCAGCUUCCGAGCACACUUCGCCGACUCUGGCUUACCAACGCUCACGGGCCCGACGUCCGUGUGAUUCAGAACGCUUGUAUUCAGUGCCCACAGUUGGAAGAUUUACGUAUCGAAAGGUGCACGCUUUUCAGUCCAAGAUUACUACCCGACCCAGUGGAGAGCGCCUAUUCUACCAGUGCGGAUAGCUAUGAUGAAAGCCACAAGUGUCAUUUUUGGAGCAAUUUUCCAAGCGAUCACGAUGCUUAUUUUGCAUCCAUUGGGGCCCCAGACUACGCGUCGUCUCUCGCAGACGAACUACGUCCGCUCAAGCAUCUGAAACGCCUACACAUGGGACUAUACCUCACUCCGACCGAAGCAAUCACGGUGCAUCGUACUCAACAUUCUAACACAUGCAUACAUGGAUCGAUUUGGACACCAAUCUGCCAAUCAUGCAGUGACGAGUUCGGAGCUACUACUCAAGAAGCAGAGGAAUCAGCAACUGCUGUCCUUGGCUAUCAGAUUUCCAGCUUGGAGGAAAUAUCUUGGUCAUCCUUUCAUUCAAUCAACAAAGCGGGAAGAAGCCUUUUCAAGAUCAAGCGCGAGCCCAACGGUGAAAUUAUCUGUCAACGACAAACAGAUAAUCUUGCCGAUUGGAAUUAA